AAAUCUAGGCCCGAAUAUGACACAUCAACAUUUUUUUUUUGGUCUGUCAUCCAUAAUCAUUCGAACAACAGCAAAAUUUUCGGUGUAGUAAAGCAAUGCCAAAUCCGACUAAGAAGUACUUCAGACGACCAGCUGUCAGAAGGUGUAGGAAGGUGUCAUCCAAGACUUUCAAGAAGGUCUCACCAGAUCGAGGCUAUUACGACACUGCCCCAUCCAGAGUAAGAGGAGGUUUGUCGGAUUGGUUGGCGAAAGAACAGGAAUAUACGGGAAUGCACCAUGGAAGGUCCAAAGGGAGGCAGCAAUGUCUGCCUCAGGGUGGUUACCUUUGUGGAUCGCGUCCACAAAUUGCCCCUCCUCAAUACGAUCCAUCGAGUAUGUCGAAUUUGAGUGAAUGUAUGACUGACGAUUCUAGAUAUAGUGCAAGAGGAGGUGGACAUUCUGCAGCUAUGCAGUCAGCACCCUGCAAACCUGUUCCAGAACGUCUCCCAGCAGGUGGUGGAGCUGGCGGUAAUGAGACCUCAGCGCACAGAGAACUGAUGUUCAUGAUCGAUCAGUUGGAGCAGGCGGAACUGGAGAAGAUCCAAAGGGACCUGCGACAGUUCCAGACCAGCCGAAGGAGACUCAUGUUCAAUCUAUCCAGCUUGAGCGCCACGUCUUCACCUCCGGCUCGGCUGAUGCAGCCAGUGGCGGGUUCGGCAGCAGUGUCUUCCGGAUGCCCCCCUAUUAUGCCCGCACCUUGAUCCAUGACAAAGUCGAAUCGAUUGGCAUUUGUGAAAUUUUCAAAAAGGUUUUUACAGAAGAAAAUACACAAUUAAAAUUGG